AAAAAAAAAAGUAAAACACUUCUUAAUUUGUUCAGACCACUUCAAAAGCUUCACAAUCCUAGCUAGCAGCCCCUUCUUCUUCUUCUUCUUCCAUUUCUGAUAGAAUAGAUAGUAUCGUGUCCGAUUCCAUUUCAAGCUUCAACUUUAUAAUCAGUUAGUUUCUUCUCCUUACUCAUCAAAAAAAAAAAAAAAAGUUUCUUCUCCUGAGCUAGCUCCAUGGCGAGGUCGGUUAGUACUACUACAAUCCUCAACGUCUUUAAGGUUUUUGUGUAUUUUCAAGUAGCUCUCUUCAUCACUCUCGCUCGUGGUUAUGUCAUUUCUACUUCAAGUUUUCGAUUAACUCUGUUUGUAACUGUGUUGGUCCUCACAUUUCUGUACCCUGCUCAUGCUGAAAAAGACUUGUCUUUGUUUGAGUUUUUCGUAACGAUCUUAACUAGCACUUCAUCUGUUGUCAUUAGUGAAUCUCCAGCAAUUGUGAUUCUUAUCCUGACUGAUCCAUCACUUAUAUCUCACAUCAAACCACGGUGGGAAAGAUUUCUAGUUAAUCGUUCUUCUUCUUCUUCCACUUCUCUUGUGAACUCCAACAAUAUCAGAAGAUAUGCAGAAAUCAUUGGUGAAAUUGUAACUCGACUACAUGCUUUCAGAGAUUUUAUAGCGGUUGCAGGGGUUUCCCGAACAUGGCGAUCUGUUUGUUUGAGCAUCAGUAGAAGGCCUCAGCUUCCUUGGCUGAUGCUUUCCGAAACACUUUCCACAGACAUGCGACAUUUCUUCAGUCUCUGCGACAACAAUCGUUAUCAAUUACAAUUAUCUGAAGUCCAAGGAAAACGCUGUUGGGGAUCUCCACAUGGUCGGGUUGUAACCUUGGGUCCUGAUUAUGAAACCCACCUUCUGCACCUUAUUGAAAGGGUACAAAUUGCUCUUCCACCAUCAAACACGAUUCGAACUGGCUGCUACAGAAGAGUGGUUUCGCCUUGUACACAAAUUCAUUCUUUUAAAGGACCCUUCCCAGGACUCAUCGUUACUUGUCAUUGCAAUUUUUGGCCCUGUGGACCGCUUAGCUUUUGCUAGGGUGGCUUUCGACAGAGGAGGAGAAGGAGCGGCUUUGAAUAGAAGAGGACAAGGUCAGUUGUCUAUUGUUACCAAUCCAGACAAUUUGAAAUUCAAUGAUGUUGCAUGUUUUAAUGAUCAAAUAUAUGGACUUUGUGACAACGGCAAGCUGGUGCGCCUUGAACUUGAUGCUCCUCUGGCUGCUGAGCUACAAGUUAUUGCGCCCCAACCAAGCGAAGAAGAAGUAGGCAUUCCCCAAAAACUGUAUUUGGUGGAGACAUCGGAGAAUCUUUAUGGGAUUUUUCUUUACGGAUUUCAUAUUCCUUCGAAGAUGAGGCACGAGACUAUAUAUUUUUUGGUCUACAAGCUCAACUUUGGUGCAUUGGCUUGGGAGGAAGUGACAGACUUGGAAGAUAUUGCUGUUUUUGUUGGUGAAGGCAAUUCCUGGUGCAUUCCUACAAGCACUAUCCUUUGCAGAAGUAAUUGCAUCUACUUCACAGAUGACAAUUGGGAGUGGCAAAGGUACCCAGGAGUGGCAUAUGGAGGCCAUGAUGUGGGAGUGUUUAACAUGGCACAGAGGGUUAUCCAACGCCUUCCAUUCGGUACCAUUGUACUUUGAUUUCUCUAAGACCAUUGGCUUAAUUGAAGUCCCUGACUUCUAUGGUGGCCAAAUACAAUUGGGCAUUCUGGUUUGUAAGCAAAGACGGCCUUAAACUAAAUUCUAGAAUGUUAAUGGUUGUGAUGCUGUGAAUUUAAGCAACUGUGACUCUAUUUAUCUUA